AUGUGUGUCACCCAUCAGCUGUGCAGGCUCACGGCAUGUGCUUCUCGAUCCGAAUCAGGCUCUUUUCAGCAGGCUUCCCUGGUCAACUUUGGCUCGCUAGGCCUAUUUCAGUCCGUCCUCCAGCCCGUAGAUGGCAAUAGCUACUUUAGGGGCUUUGAGCGUGGCCUGGACGACGACGAAGAGCUCCAAGAGCUGAGUCAGAGCACAACCUCGCUUCAAGCAGUUGGGGCCGAUGGAAGUCGCGGUUCUGCAUCGCAUAGCUAUGGCAGCCAUGGUUCUAGUCGCGAUGGUGCAUCGCAGCCACUUUUACAUGCACAGUCUGCGGCUAAAUAUCAGACGACUGAGACAGUGGAGGUGCCAUCGCGGGCCUUGUCGCCUAGGCAGCGACUCUUAGUGGGCCUGCUCUAUGGCUGCAUCAACUCCAUCAUCCUCAUCCCUGUUCUGAUCUCGUUUGCACAAAUCAUUUUCCGAGACCCGUACUAUAAGGAGAGCAUGCCCUAUCUCAUCAAGCUCGUCAUUUUAUCCUCCAGCAUCCAUCAAAUUAUUUUCACCACCUUCAGUACCCUGACUUUUGCCAUUGGCCAGGUGCAGGACGCAGGACUCAUCUUCCUCUCCAGCAUGGCCAGCGCCAUUGUGACUUAUGGCAAGCAGCAUGACCUCUCACACGCAGACGUCCUUGCCACAACUCUGUGUUGGUUGGCCAUCAGCACUGCCAGCCUGGGAGCGGCUCUCUUUGUAACUGGCCGCCUGAAGCUGGCAUCGCUGGUCCAAUACCUGCCAUUGGCUGUUAUUGCCGGCUAUCUCGCAUUUAUCGGCCUGUACUGUUUUGAAGCGGGCUUAUCGUUAAUGAGCGGCAAGCAGAUCUUGACCUUUCGCGAUUGGGGCGCACCCUUCAACCGUGACAGCAUGAUACUCAUUACGCCAGGCCUCCUCUUGGGCAUCGGUCUCAUCUUUGUGACCAAUCGCUUCCGUCAUUUUGCCGUGCUGCCGUGCUGCCUCUUGGCGAUUCCCGUCAUUUUUCACAUCAUCCUGGCUGCCAGCGGAACCUCUUUGGACGAAGCACGCGUUGCUUUUGGCGAGGGGUGGUUGGCCCCCUCCACGGGGUCGACGAAGUUCUGGGAGGUUUGGGAGCACUAUCAGUUUGGCAAAGUGCAUUGGGGGGUCGUACCCAAAUUGAUUCCAACUUGGAUUGCCAUGUAUUUCGUUGUGGCUUUUUCGAGCAGCUUGGAUGUGGCGGCCAUUCAGAUGGAGCUGGGCAGUCGUUUGGACUUUAACAAAGAACUCUGUACUGUCGGUAUCAGCAACCUGGUAUCUGGUCUGACGGGUGGCUUUACUGGCUCAUACAUUUUUAGUCAGACACUGUUCACCAUGCGAGCCAACGUCAACUCUCGGAUGGUCGGAGCUUUAGUGAUUGCGUUGGAAGUGGCCAUCUUCAUGGUCCCAGUUUCCAUUUUGGCCUUUGUCCCAAAAUUCUUCUUUGGAAGUGUUUUGACCUUUAUCGCCUUGGAGCUCAUGUUUAGCUGGCUAAUUCUCUCCUUCAAGCUGGUUCACGUCUCAGAGUACAUCAUUAUUUGGCUGACCUUCAUUGCCAUCCUCAUGACUAAUCUGGAGAUUGGCAUGGGUGUGGGUUGUGGCCUUUCCAUUCUCAAUUUCAUCUUCCAGUACGCGCAAACCAAGGUGUCGCACCAAGUCUAUCGCAGCAGCAAUGUGCAGCGUGACUUCCAGCAACGCUCUCUCUUGGCCAAGCAUCGAAGCCGCAUCAUCUCCUACAAACUCUCGGGCUACAUCUUCUUCGGAUCUUCUCUUUGUACGCUUACCGCGCCGAAACUUGGUUUUGAGCACGCAUCUCCUUCCGAGCAUGUUGAACGGCCAAACAAGAAAAAAACGCUCGGCUUGGGACUUUGA